UCUAGAUGGAGAUGGCUAAGCAGUAAAGCUGAGCAUUUAUCAUUUUGUCAUUUCCAGUCUAAAAUGUUUCACUCCCAUGUUCCCAUCUGUGAGCAGCAUCGGCGUGAUAUAUAAGCCUGUCUUUGCAACUGACAACAUCUCUGCGCCAAUGACUCUAAAAGUGGACUUUGCUUCUUUCUAUUUGCCCAGGUCAGCCAGAUGAACACACACAAACUAGAACUUACACCCAAGGCUAAGCAUCUGGGUUUCCUGCUCCUCUUGGGCUUGCGCCUGGUGUGGUGUGGUGUCCCUGGUCCAUGUAGACACUCGGUGACAAAGGAUCACCUCCUGAGCCUCAAUCGCCUGAUUGACAACCAGUUGGACAAUGGCUGUUCAAUAAUCUAUGCGUUCAUUGAGCGCCAGAGUUUGAGUAAAGUCUGUUAUAUCAAAGCAGCCUUUCCACAAAUCCUGGAGCUUCUGAACAUGCAUUUCCAGUAUGCAAGGAAGUCAGACAACAGAAGACACGUCAACACACUGAAGAGGGUCAUCUUCAACCUCUACUCUCAAAGAUGUAUACCUGAAAUCAAUGAAGAGAUUGAGGACAGCCCAGAAAGGUUCAUGAGGAUAUUUACUAGCUCCCCAAAGGAGGCUCUGAGAAAGGCCAAAGGUGUGAUCCAGAUGUAUAUGGCCAUUAUGACAGAGAGCACUGGCCCUGUAGAUUGGAGCUGUCAAGCCGAGUACACUUCCAAGGAGCAUCCAGAAUCCACCACUGUCUCAGACAGUAUCUCUACAGGUGCACCUGAGUGCCACUGCUCGUGCCCAUUGUUCACUCAAAUGACUACUGUCUCUUACCCAGCCAUCAGCCUUUGGAAUAGUCUCAAGCAACGUGGUCUUGCCAGCCAUCGACCCGUACCUGAAAUUCCUCCCAGCUCACCCCACGCACCUACCAGCACACUCUGACAUGCUGUCCAGAUGUGAAUCUGAGGAUAUCAACUGGGCAUCUCUGCACGAGAGUCAUCAUGAAGGAAUCCUAGAUGGCGACAUUAGCUGGCAGCUCUCUGACUAGGAUGUGCUGAUCAUAGCUACAGUAUCUGGGAAAAUGCUGCUUAUGCUGUGCUGCUGCUGUCUCAUAAGCAAAUGUAUAUUCAACAGAGACACUAUUUAAAAGACAGUCUCUUGAUUUGAACUCCAGAAUCAAACACCUUCGACAGUGGCAACAUCUUCAAAAAAGGGCCAGGGCUUAGACUUGUACCCUGAAUUAAAACUUAAUACCAUACACUAAAAAGCAAAAGUUUCAAAUACUAUUUAAUUUAGUUUUCAUAUUACUUUGUUGAACUUUUUUGUCUAGAACUAUUUCUGAAAAAGAGAGCUCAGAAAGUAGUCUUGACUCCUGCAUGAUGAUGGGCUCUGGAAGCAACCUUUACAUUUUCUUGUGUAUUUACAAUGGUGGCGUUACAGGUUACACUUUGCAUUCAAGCGCUCAUUAUUUCUGUCCAUAUAAUGCAAAAUUAAGAUGAAUUGUGAUUUUGAAAACAGACCAGCUACUGCAUUUGCAGGAAAAUGUGCUUUUUAUCACUUCCUCAAAUUGAUGAGACAAUUGAACAAACAAAACUAAGUUCACUAAUACAACCUCCCUUACAUUUUGCUCCUGAAAGGUGACUUUUGUAACAUGGCCUGGCCAAACCAAACCAGCAUGUGUAGUGACUCAAAAACAAACCCUGGGAUCAAAUCUGGCACUGACUCACAAUCAAACUGACUAACCCAGGUAAAUAUGUGAUAAGCAUAGAAGGUGGCAGGUGUGUAGGAAAGUACUUAUAUAUACAUCACGACUGAAUUGCUUAAAAGUAAUUCUGAUAUUUACCAGUACAUGUAACUAUGUUUUUGUCGCUCAAGGUUAAUUUGCCCCUUGGGAAUUCGAUCACACUUUCUAAGCAACCCCCCCUAUUAGUCCCCAAACAUGGAACAAAGUUGUUCUAACAUAUUUCUAACAUAUAAUCCACAUGUAUGCAUAGUUUUUGCAAAUUUGUAUCCAAUAAGAGAGUUUUUUACGAUAAAGUUUUCUACGAUAGUGUUCACUGACUGUCAUUGCCAUUGAGGAGCUAAGUAAACGUUAGCUCUAGCUAUCUGUGGAUCGUGUGAAUGGUUUUUGGUUUUUAUUUGGCUAGCCAGCAUUAGUGGUGGGUGGUUCUGUUCUUUUUGAUGAUUCAUUAGCGUGAGUCCGGACUUCUCAAUGACUCAGACAUUUGAGUCUUUCAAGUGUUUUCAGUUUCCACAGCAUACGCUACAUGAGUCAUUAAUCCUUCCGACUCACGCGGGUGCAUUCAGCAGUCAAGUAGAGAGCUCACGUGCUUGAUCAGUGUAGUGUUGGCAUAUUGGAUAUUUAUUAAUAGCUUACUUAAAUAUUGUACCAUGAUACUUAGCAACUAUACCAAAACAGUGUACGGUUUAUAAUACUGUAAGACAAUUUUUGCACUUUGAUCAUUUUGUAAACUAGUUAAGCUGACAUGUUGGCAACACUGAGUGAUCUGUUAAAAAAGCCUCUUUUUUUUUCAAAAGGUUUUUUUUUUUGUCAUUAUCAUUGUUGAAUUUUUGUUUCCAUACCAUAUCAAUUAGAAAUGGGAACAAUUAAAAUGAUUUUUGACGAGAAAAUUAUUAGGCCAGCAUGACUAAUGUGAGAUUUAAAAGUCUCACAAAGACAGGAAGUAGCAUAUUUGCCCUUCGGCAAAAACGUGCUGUUAAACUGGCUGCUUUCUGUGCUGUUUAACGCAGGUCCGGUCAUCCUGGUUUUCAUGUGAACCAUUUGACAUGAAGUGUUAGCUGUUAGAAAUGUCUUAAGACAACUCUUUCCUGACUAGUGGUGGACAAAACGAAAAAAUUAUGUUUAAAAGAAUCAUUUUCACGUUCACAACUAAUCGAUUCUCAAAAUAGUACAAACUGAAUGAUACAUACCGAGUCAUAUAAACUGAAAGUACUGCUGUAUAUGGCGAUACUGCAAAGCUCAAAAAUUCGAAUGUAUAAAGCACCAGUAAACAGGUCAAAUCUGAAUGUGAAGUCAGAACAUGGCUUUUGGCGGGGGGUUUUGUGUGGCGCUUGAGCUGAGGGUUUCAUUGGUAGGUUAGUUGAUUGUUCGGUUAUUUAUUGUGCAUCUCACAACUGCAUUUCUAUGCAUUGCAAAGUUAUUUUCCACCAUUAUACUACAAGUGUUCGCUGGUCAAAUGUAUCUGCUAUUGCUAUAUUUUUUGACAUGAAUAAUGUAGUCAGUGCAACAGUAUGAUCACAACCAGUAAUUGUAUAUGUAUAUAUGUAUUUAUUUACGUAUGUUACCUAGAACCAUAUGAUGUUUGUAGUCUCUCUCACCCAUUUCCUGUAUGAACAUUUCAAUACUAAUUUUGGCAUAAAAUGACAUU